GCAGCUUCCUUUUUGCAGCUUUCGCCCCUCUAACAGGAAGAGAGAGAAACAGCAAGCCCAGAGCCAGGCAGAGCAGGAACGGCUAUCAGUUCUAACAACGCCAUGAAACAAAUUUGGGGAGUCAUGUUUAUGACCUUUUGAAAACAGCCGGGGCCAAAAUAACCUGGGUGUCUUCAGACUGAGUCAGGAAAAAGUCUUUGGAAAGGAUGAUCUCCCACCAGCCAUGGUAUCAUGGCAAUAUCACUCGAUCUGCAGCAGAGGACCUCCUCUCCAAAGCAGGCAAGGAUGGGAGCUUCCUCCUGCGGGACAGUGAAUCCAUACAAGGAGCGUAUGCCCUCUGUGUUCUGUACCAGAACUGUGUUUAUACCUACAGAAUAUUACCAAAUGAAGAGAAAAAGUUAUCAGUGCAGGCAUCGGAGGGUGUGCCCAUUCGAUUCUUCUCUGCACUCCCAGACCUGGUGGAGGCAUAUUAUAAAGAGAACAUGGGUCUGGUUACACACCUCCAGUAUCCUGUGCAGAAGGAGGAGGAGCCAGAGGAGGAACCAGAGCCAGUCAGUUUACCUCCUCAGCUGCCACCCAGAAAUUUCACACCUAAUGAAUGUAAAGAUUUCCAUAGUGACAUGUCCAGAGGAAUGGAGAGAGGAACAGAGCUUGCCCGCCCCUCCAUCUCAGACACCUAUCUCCAGCGUCUGCAGCAAAUGGACAUAUCAAAUCUACCCGAGGAACAUCAGAAGUCCAUCCAGGAGUAUUUCCGUUCAUCUGUGUGUCUAGAUGCAGAGCAGGUGCAGAAUGGGAACCCUACUUUGCCCCACUUUAAGAAGCUUACACUGAAUAUCUGCAAAAACCUCAACAGUGAAAUUGCUCGCAUACUUCCGAGCCUUGAGGCGCUUCAGAGACUUCUGGAUCCACCUCUCUCUCCUGGAUCUGGGAGACUAUGGAGUCAGGUUUCUGGAGAUUCUGCGAAUCAGUCUGUGGCUUUCAGAAUUGAGCAACUGACUGAGCUUAUAUAUUCAAUAGAAGACAAGACCAAGAAUGCUGUGUUUGAAUUUGUCGGCUAUGAAGGAGGGCACAGAAAGUCACUUAUACCUCCUGUGACAUUUGAAGUAAAAUCAGACUCCAUCGGUAUUUCAAACAAAAUGUACCUCAAAGUAGAUGUGGAAGGCGGGAAGGUUUUCUUCAAGAAGUCCAAAGAUGGACCUGAGGAUAAAUACUUUGUGCACAAUAAAAUCUUGCAGCUGGUGAAGUCACAGAAGAUGCAAAACAGAUUAGUAUUGAUGGUGGAGACAGAUAAGGAGAAAACCCAACGCAAAGACUUUGUCUUUGAUGACACAAAGAAGAGAGAAGGUUUCUGCCAGCUUCUGCAGCAGAUGAAAAACAAACACUCAGGAAAACCUGAGCCAGAUAUGAUCACCAUCUUUGUUGGCACCUGGAACAUGGGAAAUGCGAAUCCACCACACAACAUCACUUCCUGGUUCCAGUCGAAGGGUCAGGGGAAAACCCGUGAUGACACAGCCAAUCAAAUCCCACAUGAUAUCUAUGUCAUUGGGACACAGGAGGACCCUUUGGGAGAGAAGGAAUGGGUAGACACAGUUAAGGGAUCCCUUAGGGAUAUAACCAACAUUAGCUUCAAACAUAUAGCCACACAGACACUGUGGAGUAUAAGAAUUGUGGUUCUAGCCAAGCCGGAACAUGAGAACCGCAUCUCUCACAUCUUCUCUGACAGUGUUAAGACUGGCAUAGCUAAUGCUCUAGGGAAUAAGGGAGCAGUAGGGGUGUCUUUUAUGUUUAAUGGAACCUCCUUUGGGUUUGUCAACAGUCACCUGACCUCAGGAAGUGAAAAGAAGCUAAGACGAAACCAGAACUACAUCAGUAUUCUGCGCUUUCUGAAUUUGGGAGAUAAGAAGCUGAAUCCUUUUGAUAUCACACAUAGCUUCACACACCUCUUCUGGCUGGGGGACCUGAAUUAUAGGGUUGACUUGCCAUCACAGGAAGCAGAGAUCAUUGUGAUGAAGAUCAAACAGCAGCAGUAUCAGGACCUGCUGGCUAGAGAUCAGCUGAACAUGGAGAGGGAAGAGGAAAAGGUCUUUUUAGACUACGAUGAGGAGGAGAUUACAUUUUCCCCCACUUAUCGUUUUGAGAGAGACACACGGGAGAAGUAUGCCUACACCAAAGCAAAAGCCACAGGGACAAAAUACAACCUGCCUUCUUGGUGCGACCGUGUGCUUCGCAAAUCCUAUCCUUUGGCGCAUGUGGUUUGCAACUCAUAUGGAUGCACCAAUGAUAUCAUGACGAGUGACCAUUCUCCUGUAUUUGCCACAUUUGAUGUUGGAGUGAGCUCACAGUUUGUCUCUAAAAAUGAUCUUUCAAAGGAUGCUCAGGGUGCUAUAAAAUUUAUGAACUGUGUGGCUGUUCUCUUGACUAAAUCAAAGACCAAGUUCUUCAUUGAGUAUCACUCAAGCUGCUUGGAGAAGUUUGUGAAGAGUCCUGAAGGAGAAAAUCAAGAGAACACAGAAGGCUCAAUAAAAGUACGAUUUGGGGGACAAGUUGAGCUCACCCCCAUCAUUGCAGACCCAGAAUACCUCCUGGAUCAACAUAUCCUCAUCUGCGUUAAAUCUACAGAUUGUGAUGAGUCGUAUGGUGAGGGCUGUGUGGCUCUACGUUCUGCAGAAAAUGCUUACACUGAGUUCUAUAUUAAACUCACACAUCAUGGUGAGCGCACAGGUCUGCUAACAGGUGGCAUUCAGCUCCGCACAUCUGAAGGCAAACAGACAGAGAAACUGUAUGAUUUCAUUAAAGUUGGAGAUGAUCCAGGAGCCAGUAAAAGCAAAACAGGAGAUAAAACCAAAAAAUCUUCUACAGUCCACACCACCGAUAUUAGUAACCCCAGUUAUAUGGGUGUAAGCUACAAGAGCAACAACCAGGCAGACAAGGGCUCCGGCAACAUUAUGUCCCCAAGAACUGGGCCAUCGUCUGGCCAUUCCUUUAAGGAUAUGACACUUGGCAAUCUUUCCCCAAAAAAGACUGGCUAUGACCAUUCUACAUCCAGCCCUACUGAAAAGGCAUCAUCUCCUUUAACUGAGGAUGGCCAGCCUCCAGAGAUGAUUGAUAAUCCCCUUUAUGGCUCAGUAAGUGGAUCACGAGGAGCCAAAGACCACCUCUAUCCCCCAGAUGCUCAUUUUGCCUUUCCCAAAACAGACCUUGAUGCUGACCGGCAACCGCCAGUUCCGACCCCUCGGAUCCGCUCCUUCACCUGCUCAGAAACCAAACCCCAGUCAUCAUCAGUCACAAACACCACCAGUAGUAGCAGUGGUCUACAACCCCAGCACAUCACCAAGAAACCUGUGGUGCCUUCUCGCUCUGAAGGGGGUGUGAUUGGGCCUGGCAGGCUUCUGGUGCCUGUGAAGUCUCGCCCAAGUCCACCACAAGAACCUCAACUAAAGCCCAGAGACUACCGAGACAGCUCAGAAUUGCCUUCCAAGAUACGGCCACCAGUCAGACCAGGCCAACUCAAAGAUGUGCAUCAUGAGACACCACAGCCUCCGAAGAUGGGUCGCCCUUUAAAAUGAUUUCCUAUUGAUGUGCCAUGGCUGAAGAGCUUUCAGUGCAUUUUCAUGUUUGAACUUUGAGAUUCUGGACAGGACAAAAGACAUGAGCUUCCUAAUCUCUUGAGUACAAAAAUUAAUAAGUGCAUAAAUAUAAUAAUAAAAGGAACUUUGCCUUAUUUCACAUAUUUCACUUUAAUCAACAUAUCACCAAAAUUACUAGGAUUUAUAUUUCUGAACCAGCAGGUUUUGGAGUACUGUAGUAGUCCUUUUAAAUCUACAGACACUGGCAGUUUCUUUCCACUUGGCACACUUGCUGUACAGUAAAUGUGAUCUAGCAAAUUUAACUUUCUGUUUUGAUUUUGAUUUUAAAAUGAUGAUUAUGAUGAAUGUUUCACAAUUUAAAUGUAACUAUAGUGAGAGUGUUCACUUCCAUCAGCCUCUGUCUAAAUAUUUUUUCUCGCUUUAAAUAUAUUAUCAAAUGAGGCUGCACAAAAAUCUGCACUUCAAAUAAACACCAAGUGUUGUACAAAA